CCUUCCCGCCACCUGCGCGCCCCUCUACCGUCCCGGGGCACCCCCGGCGCCCUGUCCGCCAUGCGGCACCAGCCUCUGGCCCCAGGUGGGCCUUGGCGGGGCAGUCCCCUUCGCCUGCCCGCCUGCAGUGGCUGCAGCCUAGCGUUGCUGCUGCUGCUGACCCUAGACAGUUGCUUAGGGGUCUCCAGGGUGGCGGCGGGCUCUCGGAGGCCCAAUGUGGUGCUGCUGCUCACAGACGACCAAGACGAAGUGCUCGGCGGCAUGACACCCCUGAAGAAAACCAAGGCCCUCAUCGGAGAGAUGGGAAUGACUUUCUCCAGUGCUUAUGUGCCAACUGCUCUUUGCUGCCCCAGCCGAGCUAGUAUUCUGACUGGGAAGUACCCACAUAAUCAUCACGUUGUCAACAACACUUUAGAGGGAAACUGCAGUAGUAACUCUUGGCAGAAGAUUCAGGAGCCAAAUACUUUCCCUGCCAUCCUUAGAUCAUUGUGUGGCUAUCAAACCUUUUUUGCAGGGAAAUACCUAAAUGAGUAUGGAGCCCCUGGUGCAGGUGGACUAGAACACGUUCCUCUGGGCUGGAGUUAUUGGUAUGCCUUGGAAAAGAAUUCUAAAUACUACAAUUAUACUCUGUCUAUCAAUGGGAAGGCACGAAAGCAUGGUGAAAACUACAGUGUGGACUACCUGACUGAUGUCCUGGCUAAUGUGUCCCUGGACUUCCUGGACUACAAGUCUAACUUCGAGCCGUUCUUCAUGAUGAUUUCCACUCCAGCACCUCAUUCACCUUGGAUAGCGGCACCUCAGUACCAAAAGAGCUUCCAGAACGUCUUCGCGCCCAGAGACAAAAACUUCAACAUCCAUGGCAUGAACAAGCACUGGUUAAUUAGGCAAGCCAAGACCCCAAUGAGUAAUUCUUCAAUACAAUUUUUAGAUAAUGCAUUUAGGGCAAGGUGGCAGACUCUACUCUCGGUUGAUGACCUUGUAGAGAAACUGAUAAAGAGAUUGGAAUUCAAUGGGGAGCUCAAUAACACUUACAUCUUUUAUACGUCAGACAAUGGCUACCACACAGGACAGUUUUCUUUGCCAAUAGACAAAAGGCAGUUGUAUGAAUUCGACAUCAAAGUUCCACUGUUGGUUCGAGGACCUGGGAUCAAGCCAAAUCAGACAAGCAAGAUGCUUGUUGCCAACAUUGACUUGGGUCCUACUAUUCUGGACAUCGCUGGCUAUGAUCUGAAUAAGACCCAAAUGGAUGGGAUGUCUCUCUUGCCCAUUUUGAGAGGAGCUAGUAAUGUGACCUGGCGAUCUGAUAUCCUGGUGGAGUAUCAAGGGGAAGGCCAUAAUGUCUCUGACCCAACGUGUCCUUCCGUGGGGCCUGGAGUCUCCGAGUGUUUCCCAGACUGUGUAUGUGAAGAUGCUUACAACAACACAUAUGCUUGUGUAAGGACAAUGUCAGCCCUGUGGAAUUUACAGUAUUGCGAGUUUGAUGACCAGGAGGUGUUCGUGGAAGUCUAUAAUCUGACCGCAGACCCACAUCAAAUCACUAAUAUUGCUAAAACUAUAGACCCAGAGCUCUUGGGCAAGAUGAACUAUCGGCUAAUGAUGUUACAGUCCUGCUCUGGACCAACCUGUCGCACUCCAGGGGUUUUUGACCCUGGGUACAGAUUUGAGCCCCGGCUCAUGUUCAGCAGUCAUGGCAUCGUCAGGACAAGAAGGUUUUCUAAACAUCUCCUGUAGCCACCUUGCCCAGCUUCUGCAGUUGGAGCCCUGCACGCCUCUUUCUGAUGAAGUGAUUGUAGUAGGUGUCUGUAGCUAGUCAGUCUUCAAGACCACACCUGGAAGUUUAAGUCCUAUCUGAAAAACCAGCCCAGUCAGCUGACUUCUGUGCAAUGUGUUAAACUGUGAACUCUUCCUAUAUGUCAGGAGUGACUGUCCUUGGUCCCUCUGUUCAUCUGAUAAUGAAUACGCCCAUGAGGUCUUCGUACUCACCAUAUCUUUCCUGUCCUGGGGCCACUGUUUUUGAUACUACCCUGUGGGUCAAAGUCUGAAUGUGCAAA